AUGUUAUCAGAAAAGGAACGUCGACAAUAUCAGGUUCUAGCAGAGAAUGCGGCCCUUCUUUACCAACUACGCCCAUCGCCUACCGCUCGCCAUGUCAACAAACGACCCGCUUGGGCAGUUAACCAAGAUCCCAGCCGAUUCCUGUCGUUUGAUCAAGAACUCGACUUGACGAGCGCUCUGGCCUUCAUCUGUGGUGUAUCCGACAACCCCCUUCAUGUCGUUGCGACUUGCGUCGAGGAGAUAACUGGACGGGGGCGGCAAAAGGGGAUCAGGGCGGUCGUUGCUAUCAACGGGAACAACCCACAGUCUUCGAUCGGAACGUCGACGAAGGUCAAGGAUGGUCUCGAGGCCGUUUUCAUGCAGUUAUCGAGGGUUCAUCAAGUCGACCUCCUGGAGUACUCCGUUCUCCGUGCUAUCGUGGACAUGUGCAAACACCGCAUAUUCUCUCGUAUUGGGUCCGAAAGACAGGAUGCAAAAUACACCAAAAACGGCAAGCAAUUCUUGGGUACUACCCUUCAGUGUAUUCUCGAUGCCAUCUCAACGACCAGGCGCAGUUUCGUAGGGGAGCUUAAGGGCAUCGCCGACAGGUUUGCCAGGCAGGGCCGGCAGAUUUUACACCACCUCAAGUCACUCGAGACUUGCAAGGAGAAGAACGUUGUUUCGAUCAUGAUGGACGUGAUUCGCGCCGUUCAUAAGCUCAUCGAGACCACGAGCUUCAACAUUCUGCUAGACACGUUAACGACGACAGAACUAGCCCCGACCGACCGACAUCGUUUCACCACGCAAAUAGCCAAACUUGCCCAAUACCAGGAAUGCACCUUGUUAUUUCUCCAGAUGGCUAAAGCCCAGAACAUCUUCCAGCAAGCCGAAGUUCAUCUCGUCUCUCUCGAACCGGAGCUUUUCAAGCCGGAGAUGCCCUCCCCCCCAGGCUGUCACAUCACCAGUUGCAUCAACCGAUGCCGCGCCAGCAGCGGCUCCAAGAUCAAAGCGAAUACCACAGAGAUCACCGCGAAACUCCAACGCCAGGGCAAAUUCAACACAGCCUUCAAGUCCACCGUCCACGAAAUCCUCAAGCAAUCCCGCGUCCACGCCGAAAUCCAACUCCUCACCCACUACGAACUCCACCCUGUCCCAAAAAAGCCCCGAAUCAUCUGCUCCAGCAAAGACUCCUGCUACCUCUGCAACCUGUUCAUCCGACUGCGGGGGGACUUCUACACACCCCGAACACACGGAAAUAUCUACCACCGCUGGUGGCUCCCACCGGUUCCUGAGUUCGCCAUAACCCGCAACCGACUCAACCAGGAACUGGAGGCGCAGAUUGGGAGGGUUACGCUGGACUUUAUGAGCCCUGGGUCGCCGGGGUUGAUGUUGGCUAAGAAUGAGAAUGAGAGUACUGUUUUUGCGUUUUCGGAACUUUCUUCCACGGCGGAUUCACUAAUGGAGGAUACCCCGGCCUCCAGCAGCAACAAGAGAGACGAACCAAACUGGCUCAACAGACACAGGUAUAACACCUGGGCUACUACCUCGCCUCACUACUUCCCAACAACCGCCGCCGCCGCGCCUCCCUAUCUAGACACAGAAGUCUAUUCUACCCGUUUUCAAGACAGCUAUGACGCGCUCCCGGGUUUCGCUGCUGAGUCGACAAACUGGCACCGGAAGGAUCCUUUUGUGUCUAACAGGCCGGAAGUGAGCAAAGAGGAGGGGGGGUUCUGGGCUGGGGUGAGGAAUUGUUGGCUGUUUUUGACGGGGCAGCGGUGA